AUGUUGGGUUCGAUCUUCUCUCGUGCAAGGGAGGCCCUUGUAGUGCCUGAGAGAAGGGAUGGCGGCUCUACGGACAGAUACUUAUUCCCUACGGUUGACCCCAAAGUGGACGGAGACGGAUGUGACCACGACUGCGCCAGCUGCACCAUUCGAUACCCGUCAAGAUUCAAGGUAGACGAAGACAGGAAGCUCUACGGGACGGUCAAGCCAGUCACGAACCAUGUCCUUGUUGCUACGGGCAAGUCGGACUGGGUAUCAAAGGUAGAGAAUGAAAAGGGGUCUCUGAUGGAAGCCCUCAGCGAUUCACCUCAGCCCAAGGGAGAGAGAACCGUGGUUCUGGCAUCCAAUAUACCAGUUGAUCCGAUGAACGAUGAUGCAUCUUCAACGGUUCUCCUCCUGCCAGCAUUCACCUACGUGGACCACAUAUCAACGGCAGAUAUACCGGAGCUUAACGCUCGUUUCAUCAGCAAGGACGGCUCAGACCAAGGUCAAGUACCCAGCGUCAAGAGUAGUUUGCAGUCUCGCCCUUGUCCACGAGAUUAUGUUGUCUUGCUAUGCUCCCACAAGACCCGCGAUGCCCGGUGUGGUAUAUCAGCGCCGUUGAUCAAGAAAGAACUCGAACGACACCUCCGUCCUCUCGGCCUACUGCGAGACGACGAUGAUGAGCGGCCCGGCGGCGUUGGUAUCUUCUUUGUCUCGCAUGUGGGUGGUCAUAAAUUUGCAGCCAACAUGCUGAUAUAUAGAAAGGAAGAUGAGCAGAUGAUAUGGCUGGCGAGGAUACGGCCAGAGCAUUGCGAGGGUGUCGUCAAACACACAAUAAUCAAUGGCAAAGUGAUUCAUCCAGAGACUCAACUUAGAGGUGGAUUUGACAGAAAGAAGGGGUUGACCAGCUGGUGA